AUGGGGUUAAAGCAAUCCAAAGAAGAACGUUUGUAUAAAGAAGCAAGUUAUGGCAACAUUCAGUCCAUCAAGUUUCUUCAUUCUAGAGGUGCUGGACUUGAGUGGAUAGAUAAGGACGGAAAGACCCCUCUGAUGUUGGCUUCCAUGGAUCCAAAGGUAUAUGAUGUUGCAAAGACGUUGAUCGAAUUGGGUGCUAAUGUGAAUGCCUAUCGUUCAGGUCGUCAUGCUGGAACUCCUCUGCAUCAUGCUGCAAAAAGAGGGCUACUAGAAAUGGUUAAGCUGCUACUUUCAAGUGGUGCUGAUGUGUUGGUGAUCAAUGAUGACGGUCUAAGUGCACUUGAUGUUGCCAGAGUCAAUGGAUAUAGCAAUGUUGUUCGUGCCAUCGAGGAACAUAGCUGUUUUUUUUCUGGUUGGUUGCUAGAGCUUCAUGAGUCAGUUUCUCAAGAAGUGUGGGUAGUUAUACUGCCAUCUGCAACUCGUAAACUUGCAAGGACUUUCAAGUUGGAACUCGCUAUAUAUCCUGGUUUACAGUUUGCUAAACCUCGCACGAUUAUAGAACUUUGGAACGCAAACAUGGAUGAGCGGAACUUUGAUCAGGCUGAUCCUGCAGUGGUCUUUUCUAGUUCUGACAAGUCACUUACAAAACUUGGACCAGUUAACGAAAGUGGAAAGAAGCAAUUUCAGAGGUUUUGCAAUGCUUGCAAAGGAAUUCUUCAGACAACACCAGCAGACCAUGAGUUAACCUCAGCCGUCAACAAAAUCGUACCAUCAGCUCCCCCGUUGCCAGACAUGAUGGAUUUUUCAUCAUUAUGUGUUAUAUGCCUGGAUGCACCAGUUGAAGGAGCUUGCAUCCCAUGUGGUCACAUGGCUGGAUGCAUGUCCUGUUUGAAUGAAAUCAAAAGCAAGAAGUGGGAUUGCCCUGCUUGUCGUGCCAAGAUAAAUCAAGUUGUACGACUUUAUGCUGUAUAAGGGUGAUGCCUUAUCUGAUUUACUGACUAUGUGUAUAUAUUAUUAGCCUAAAAUGGGAGAAGUUGGAAAAUUUGAAGCCGAUCAACU